CGACCUCACACAAAACGCGCUCUCGGGGUCCAUCCCUGCCUCCAUCGGCUCCCUCACUGACCUCGGAGAUCUGGGCCUUGAUUACAACAACUUCUCGGGCUCCAUCCCUUCCUCUAUUUCCCUACUUGGUUCUCUCUAUACCCUUGACCUGAGCUAUAACCAACUGUCCGGCCCCAUCCCCGAUCAAAUUGGUUCCAUGACUUCCCUCAGCAAACUUGAUCUUUCGGACAACCAACUUUCGGGCAGCAUCCCUUCAACCUUGGGAGCACUCUCCUAUAUGGGAUACCUAGACCUUUCAAAUAACCAGCUUUCACGCAUCCCAGCCUCUUUGGUUGCACUCGACCUAAUGUCUGUCAU